GCAAGUUGUCAUAAAACAUGAUCUCAAAUAGCCCCUUGACUUCACACCCACGGGAUGGGGUCCGAUAUGGUUCGUGUUGGCAGGAUCGCUUAACGGUCGGUUGUUACAUGAACUCCAGACUAUUCUGAGCACACCAAGGUCGGCUGCUUCCGAACGGCAGGCACCGGUAGCACAUCAGUUUCUUACAUGAAAUUCUUCAAGGUACCGUCUAUCAAGGUGUUUGGGGACAUUUUCUAGCCGCGCGAAAAUGGCGGGAAACGAGGAAAGUUACACCGAUGGGUUCGACAUGACAAUGACCAACGACACGACGGCGGUCACCGCAGACGAAAAGCAAGAAGGUUCAGAGCCCGACAUGAGGCCGACUUGGGGACACAAGGUGGAUUUUAUCCUGUCAUGUAUCGGCUUAGCCGUCGGGUUUGGGAACGUGUGGAGGUUUCCAUACCUUUGCUACAGGAACGGAGGAGGAGCGUUCCUGAUCCCAUACUUCAUCUGCCUGGUGGCAGGGGGUGUUCCUGUCUUCUUCCUGGAGAUCUUCCUGGGCCAGUUCAUGAGCCAGGGCGGCAUCGGCUGCUGGAAGAUAUGCCCCAUACUCCAGGGCAUCGGGUUUGCGACCACCGUGAUCUGUUUCCUGGGGAACAUUUACUACAUCAUCAUCCUGAACUGGGCGGCGUACUUCUUUGGCCGCUCCUUCACUUCUCUGCUGCCCUGGUCACACUGCGAUAACCCAUGGAACACGGAAUAUUGUACGACCAACUUCACCAAGCCAGACACCGGCGGCAUGAACAUGACCAACGCCACCAUGGACGGCAACAUGACAGCCUUCAACACCACCAACACAACCUUACAGAUCUCUCCUGUGGUCGAGUUCUGGGAGAACAAAGUACUGAACAUGUCUGAGGGAGUGGGUGAGCUUGGGGAGGUGCAGUGGGACCUAGCCGUGUGUCUGCUCUGUGUCUGGAUCGUGGUCUACUUCUGUGUCUUUAAGGGGGUCAAGUCCACGGGCAAGGUGGUGUACUUCACCGCUACCUUCCCCUACGUGAUGCUGACUGUCCUGCUGAUCCGGGGUGUGACGCUAGAGGGCGCUGCAGACGGGCUCUUCUUCUACCUGAACCCAGACUGGGAGAGACUGAAGGACCACAAGGUUUGGAUCGACGCAGGGACCCAGAUUUUCUACUCCUUUGCCAUCGGCUGGGGCUGUAUGCCGGCUCUGGGCAGCUACAACAAGUUCCACAACGACUCCUACAAACAAUGUUUCCUGAUUGCAGCAGUGAACUGUUUCACCAGUCUGUACUCCGGCCUGGUGGUGUUCUCCGUGCUCGGGUUCAUGGCCAAGGAGCAGGGGCUGGACAUCAAGGAUGUGGCCGCUUCAGGGCCGGGCCUGGUGUUCAUCGCGUACCCGCGAGCGCUGUCCCUGAUGCCGCUCGCCCCGCUGUGGUCCUGUCUCUUCUUCUUCAUGAUCAUCCUGGUCGGGCUGGACAGUCAGUUCGUGGGUGUGGAGGGUGUUGUAACUGCUGUGGUGGACAUGAUUCCAUACCUGCGCCGUGGCUACAACCGCGAGCUCUUCAUCGCCGGGAUGUGCGUCUUCAACUUCCUGCUGGGACUCACCAUGGUCACUAAUGGAGGAAUCUACGUCUUCAAACUCUUCGAAUACUACUCUGCCAGCGGGAUAUCCCUUCUCUUCAUGGCGUUCUCCGAGUGUGUGGCCAUCGCCUGGAUCUUUGGAGCGAACCGCUUCUAUGAUAGUAUUGAACUGAUGAUCGGCUACAGGCCCCUGGUCUGGUUUAAAAUCUGCUGGACAGUUCUCACUCCCCUCAUCACUGUGGGCAUCGUCCUGUUCAUGUGCGUGACGUGGUCUCCCAUGGAGUUUCAGCACUUCACGGGGACCUACUACUUCCCCAGCUGGGCGGAGGGUAUCGGGUGGGUCAUGAUGGCGAUGGCCAUCAUCUGUGUACCCGUCACAGCCGUGGUAAAGAUGUGGCAGGCCAAGGGGACAUUACAGGAGCGCUGGCGAGAGGUGACAACACCCCAGCUUCAGUAUCACCAGCUGAGAGACAAGGACAGGCUGGCGCGGGGACUCAGAUUCGACUCCGAGCCCUCUACACCCCCUCCCCCGUACUCCAGCCUUCAGCAGAAUGAUACAGAGCUGUAGUCGGGGGAACCCAGCUUCGACUCCGACCCCUCCUCACCCCCUCACCCGUACUCCAGCCUUCAACAGCACGAUUCAGAGCUGUAGUCGGGGGAACCCA